AUGACCACUUCGCCAAAGGAAAUACUUCUUGUCGGACUCGGUGCAGUUGGUUCAAUCUGCGCCUUCUGUUUAAAAAAGGGCGGCCUUGCUCGCAUAACUGUAGUAGCAAGGAGCAGUCAUGCACUUGUAAACGAUUAUGGUGUGCACAUAAAGAGUCGACGAUACGGUGAAAUAAUUGGAUGGAAACCGGAUAGACUGUGCAGGUCUGUCUCCGACGCUGCUGAUCAAAAAUAUGACUAUGUGAUUGUGACUUCCAAAGCACUACCAGAUUUAAUCACUACCUCAACAAUGCUCGCACCACUCCUAUCUUCCACAUAUACGAAACAUUUUGGGCAACCAAUCUAUGCGUUAUUCCAAAAUGGUCUCAAGGUUGAACAAGAUCUGUAUGAUGCACUUGUUGCCCUCGGGGAACAACCGAAUUCGAAGAUUAUCAGCACCUCACUAUAUACCAUGACCAAUAUAACUACACCAGGAGUUGUCGAGCACCUUUCAAUGGCUGACUCGAUCUUCCUUGGUAUCUAUAGACAUGGAGAUUUUACCACUUGCGUCAACUCUGAUGAAGAGAUGAAAAUACUUGCGGGGCUCGCUGCUCCCCUCGACAGUGGCGGCUUUCAAGUCCAGCUUGUCCCAGAAAUUCAACGGAAGAAGUUGGCGAAAAACUUGAUCAACGUGGUUUUUGCUUCUACCGCAACACUCACCAAUUAUACCGUCCCAGCUUUGUUUCGCCCUGCACCAAAGAGAGGCUCAACCUCUUACGAACCAUAUUUGGAGCCUCAGACCGCAUCCUCAAUCAACCAGUACACCAUCCCUGUUCUACGAGCAAUGCUUCUCGAAGUGGAAGCGCUGGCACGAGCACUCGGGUUUCCUGACACCAAGGAUGAGUUUCCCUCUUCCCUCGUAGAUGAAACAAUUGCCAACCAAAAGCGAAUGCACGAGGAUCCUAGAAACACUCAUGUUCCGAGUAUGCUUCUAGAUGCUAGGAAAGGUCAGCCUAUAGAGGUUGAAGUCAUUGUGGGUUCCAUCGUUAUAAUGGCCCGCGAAAGAGGGGUCCCAGUGCCAGUGAGUCCAGACUUUGCCAAAAGUGCCACUCUCUUAAACCGCCCCCAGCGCAUCGAAACGUUGUAUGCACUUCUGUUAGUCAUUCAGAACCAAGCAUUGGGACGCAAGCUGUCGUCGCCCGCUCUUCAAAUAUCGUGA